AUGGCCAUCUGGGGCACUGACAAGCUGCGAGCCCAAUGCCGGUGCCUCGUUUUACCCUCCUGUCCACGUGGCUCACGACAGACACAGACCUCCUUAGCUCCCUCCCUCUCCCUUUCCUCUGGCUCCCCCGGCCAUCGGACCCAUCGGGUCUGCAAUAUUCCAGGAACCUUGAAGGUUCGCAGGAGGAAGGGGAGGGUGUUCCGAGCAGGAAGCUGGGUCUGCCGCGAGGGCGGUAAAGGGCGCCCGGCUUUGCAGAGGCUGGGAGAGGCGUGCGAGGACCACGCCGAGUGCCGGGGCGGCUGCUGCGUCUUCUGCACGCCCAGGACCAUCUUCCUCAAAUGUCUGCCCUGGCCGAAGUGUGUGCCUUGGCGCAAGGCGAGAGGGCGAGGCGCGGCCGGGUCGGGGUGCGGCUGCCAGGCUCCCGCUCUGCGUCCCCAGCCCAACGGGGCCGCUGCAGCCGCCACAGGGACUGCGGGAACCAGUGCGGCAUCACGCUCAACGAGGCCGGCCGCUCCCGCUGCACCCGCCAGAGCGGGCUCUGGCCCAGUGCCUGCCCUUGUGACAGGGAAGAAAAGCUGCAAGGAAGAGCCAGCACGGACUUCGCAGAAGCUCACCUGGAUCUCGUGCCUGAGUUUGGCUGGGAGCUUGGCUCGUGGGUCCACACUGCUCUUCUGGGCUGUGAAAACCUGUGGGCAUUAGACACAUCUGGCCCUUCUCCUAUCAGUGAACUCCUGAGGCUGAUUGUGAGCGUCUGAGAACAAACCGCAGCUACUGGAAUCUUCACAUCAAUAAACACCUGCUGA